AUGCCGCUAGAACUACAGCCCGCCACCGAGGCCGAUGCGCGACGGUCGGUCGACAUCGAGGGAGAAGCCUACGGGCCGAACCCGUUCACCCCGAUCCUCUUCCCAACGCCAUUAGUUCCCGGGGCCAAGGACUUCCGGGUGGCGGAGCUGGCGAAGGAGCUGCGCGAGGACAAAACGUCGCUCUGGCUCAAGGUCGUCGACACGGAUCUCGAGGGCGAACAGAUGAUCGCCUUCGCCAAGUGGAACGUGUGCACCGAGAAGCUGGUACCGGCCCCGCCCCGGAAGUUCCCUUCGAAUUGCAAUGUCGAGGCGUGCGAGCUGCUCUUCGGCACCAUUGCGAAGCAGCGCGUGAAACAUGUGGGGGACAGGCCUCAUCUCUGCCUGAGGUUGCUGCACACGGACCCCAAGCACCAGGGCCGAGGGGCUGGCACUAUGCUGAUCAAAUGGGGCGUCCAAGAGGCAAAGAAACGCAACCUCCCUGCGUACCUAGAGUCUUCUCCCGACGGGCACGAGUUAUACAAGAGGUGUGGUUUCCACGAUGCUGAGCUAGUAGAGAUUGAUCUGAGCAAAUGGGGAGCUACGGAAAUGCACAAGACUUGGUCGAUGGUCUGUGAUCCGUAG